GGGUGGGUGGCACUACACUUCCUGCGAGAAAAGAUGAGGGACAGGAGUCCGACCUCAGUAUCUUGUCUGGAUUUAUGAUGACAGCUACUUCCAUAAGCACCACACCAGCCACCAAGCAAGGAGCCUCAUAACACCCAGAAGGCUUCAACUUUUUCCAACCAGAGAAGCAUUUCAAGCUUCAAGAGGAAGGAAGGCAGAUGGCACCACAGACUCCACAGCAGCUGGAAGCCCCUGACAAAACCACAACCAUGGAAGCACUAACACAGGGUUAACACUACAGAGUAGCAUGGAGGACACAAUGGAUGUGGACUAUGUGGACGUGACUGAUGAUAACAUGAACGGCUCCUUGGCAGUCGUCUCCAGUCCGCUGCGGGGACCGUCAGAGCGCCAGCAGCAUUUCGCCCUCAGCCUCUUCCUCUCAUGCCUCUACACCAUAUUCAUGUUCCCCGUGGGCUUCAUCGGGAACAUUCUCAUCUUAGUGGUCAACCUGGGCCACGGGGGCCGCCUCACAGCCCCCGACCUGUACUUUGUGAACCUGGCAGUGGCCGACUUGGUGCUUGUGGCCGACUCCCUCAUUGAGGUGUUCAACCUGAAGCGAGGUUACUAUAAGAAGGCCGUCCUGUGCACAUUCAUGGCCCUUUUCCAGCAGGUCAACAUGUACAGCAGUGUGUUUUUUCUCACUUGGAUGAGCUUUGAUCGCUUCCUUGUGCUGACCGGCUCCAUGGGUCGCAGCAUGUCCCACGCCCGCCUCAGCUGCUGCCUCAUCUGGGUGUCCUCCUCCUUGCUCACCGUGCUGCCCUUUGCGGUGGCGCAGGCGCGGCACGCCGGAGAGCAGCACUUCUGCUUCGUCAACGUGUCCCAUGUCCAGUGGCUGGAGGUGACACUGGGUUUCUUGGUGCCUUUCUGCAUCCUGGGCCUGUGCUACUGGAGAAUAGGCCAGGUGUUGCUGCGCAGCCACAGAGAGCACGGCGGACUUGAUCGGCGGCCUCGCAGGCAGAAGGCCCUGCGGAUGAUCUCAGCCGCCGUCUUGGUCUUCUUCGUCUGCUGGCUGCCGGAGAACGUCUUUGUUAGUGUCCACCUCCUGCGGGGCGAGGAAGACGGCAGCACACUGUGGCACGACUACCCUCUGACGGGUCACGCCGUCAGCCUGGCGGCCUUCUCCAACAGCUGCCUGAACCCGCUCAUCUACAGCUUCCUCGGGGAGACCUUCCGGGACAAAUUUAGACUUUUUCUCCGGCAGAGGGCCAGCGGCACCAAGCUGCACAAGUCCAGGAAGUCGACUCCUCCGCCUGCUGCAGGGACGUGCAGCCACUUGAUAUGCAAGGGGAGCUGCAGGUCCACACAUUUCCCUCAAAGCUUUCACAUCCUCCCACAGACGAUAACACCCACAAAUAAAAACCUAUCUAAAGAAUAUGACAUCACACAGAAACUAGAGAGCCAAGAUGUGUGGCACAAACUUGAGAGACAGCAUUCACACACUGCCUAAAAAUAAGAGCUUGUGCCAAACACCAAAAGACAGUGUGACAGCUGGAUGAAACAAGGAAAGAGCCUCGGCUGCUGGGUGAAAUCUAAUGUUGACACAUUAAUGUAUGCUUCAUGCCUGCCAUCUCAUUGUUUAUAUAGGUAUUUUCCUGCAGUAUUUAACAGUACACUCCUGAUCAAAAUCUUCAGACCAAUUGAGAAAUUGCAAGAA